AUGCCUAGUGACAAUUGAAACAGUCAUCAGUGGUCCCUCAAACAGCAAUUACCCAUCAACAAUGCUCCGAUUUUUGUACAUUCCUCAGGCAGAUCCGAAUCCCAUUCCAUUGGCUGGUUCGCCAUGGCCUAUUAUUGUGAUUUUGGUGGCCUAUCUGCUGUUUGUCCUCAAAUUGGGCAAGAUCUUCAUGAAAAAUAGGAAGCCCUAUGACUUGAAAACAGUCUUGAAGGUCUACAACAUAUUUCAAGUGCUUUACAAUGGCAUCUACUUUGGAAUGGUCUUUUACUACCUAUUCAUCGUGGGCAUUUGCAAUCUGCGCUGCAUUGAGAGCUUUCCCCCGGGCCACGAACGCAAACAGAUAGAACGAGUGUUGCAUGCCGCGUACCUCUUGAACAAGGUGCUCGAUCUUAUGGAUACCGUGUUUUUUGUGCUACGAAAGAGCUAUAAGCAGGUCACCUUUCUGCACAUAUAUCACCACGUAUUCAUGUCCUUUGGAAGUUACGCUCUAACACGAUAUUACGGCACUGGGGGUCAUUUUAACGCCGUUGGAUUACUGAACUCCCUGGUGCACACGGUCAUGUAUUUCUACUACUUCUUGUCCUCAGAAUACCCAGUUGUGAGGUCCAAUGUUUGGUGGAAAAAAUACAUCACACUGACGCAGCUCUGCCAGUUCUUUAUGCUCCUCAGCUACGCCGUCUACGUGCGAUUCUUCUCACCAAAUUGCGGGGUCCCCCACGGUAUCCUCUAUCUGAACAUGCUGCAAGGAGUAGUCUUCAUUUAUCUGUUUGGAAAGUUCUAUAUUCAGAACUAUCUGCGACCACCAAAGGCCAAGCAAUCGUAGGCCUAAUCUAGAAUUUACCCUGUCCUUUGUACCCUGAAUACUCGUGUAUGCGCAUUUAAUUAGUCGAUAAAUGUACUCGCACCUCGCUCUAUCACUUUUUUAAUAAAACGGUAUUGCCCUGAA